CUUAAUUGAAACGCAAUAGGAAAAAGUGAAAAAAUAAUUUCUGGAGAACAAUUUUGUUGGUACGGCUGAUAAAACGUUAAAUACUUGAGCAAAAGCAAACAAACGUGCUCAAUAGACGCUGAAAUAGCCCAGGAGGAAGAAUUUAUUUGUGGCCAAAGCUAUCGUUAAUAUAAUAAUUGUCACAAUAUGUCAGCGGAGGAGCUGGCGCCAAUUAACGAGCAGGAUCUGAAGGACCUGAAAGAGCGCAUGAAACUUAUAGCCGACGCAGACCCAAAUCAAUAUCAAAACGAGUUCUCGCUGCGGCGUUACCUACGCGCCUUCAAGACUACAGAUGACGCAUUCCAAGCCAUAUUAAAGACGAAUAAGUGGCGUGAUUCAUAUGGCGUGGCUAAGCUUAACGAAAUGGACCGCAGCCACUUGGAGAACAAGGCGCGUGUUUUGCGACACCGCGAUUGUGUUGGCCGACCAGUCAUCUAUAUUCCAGCCAAAAAUCAUAGCUCUUCGGCACGCGAUAUUGACGAACUAACGCGGUUCAUUGUGUACAAUCUAGAGGAGGCAUGCAAAAAGUGCUUUGAGGAGGUCACAGAUCGUCUGUGCAUUGUCUUCGAUCUAGCUGAAUUCAGCACAACCUGCAUGGAUUAUCAAUUAGUGCAGAAUCUUAUCUGGUUGCUCGGCAAACACUAUCCCGAGCGAUUAGGCGUUUGCCUAAUUACAAAUGCGCCUGGUAUCUUCUCUACCGUUUGGCCAGCCAUUCGCAUACUGCUCGAUGAUAACACCGCCAAAAAGGUGAAGUUUGUCAACAAUGAGGUGGAUCUAUGUCAAUAUCUUAUACCGGAUAUACUACCGACAGACAUGUAAAGAAAUUUACAGCUUUGUUACAAUUAGUUGUAGGCAUACAUAUCUCUAUAUGAGGCACUUUUGACAUUAUACUGCAACUCGAGACAACGUGUACCUAUUAGAAACCAGUACCUAUUCGACUGUAUUUA